GGACCUCAACUGCUAUUAAUGUAGACAGACUUAUGCCUUCCAUCAGGACUUCCACCACAUUCACGCGACAUGUGAUGCUGGAAGUCUGUUACAACAUGUCUACCCUCACCACUUCCACAACAUUGCCGUAGUGCGACAACGCCAUGUCGACCUCCCUCAUGCACGCCCCGCCCUUUGGUCAGGGUGCCUCCCCCUCGGGCAAGUCGACCUUGACUCAGCAAUUUGAGCGGACAAGCGAGCCAGUGGCUCAGCGCGGCUCUCCCCCCGGCAAGUCAACCUUGACCCAGCAGAUCGAACGCCGGGACGACGGCGAACGAACUCCCAGAUCCUCGAAGACGCCAUUCACAUGCUCACCCAAACCUCGCUCGCUCUCCGACGCUCCGAAACCUGUCCUGUCUCCCUCACCAGCCUUCCGAGAGCCUUCACGGCGAGUGUCAAAAGAUGACUCGGUCAUUACCGACCCUUCCACUCCGACCAGACCUCCCCAUCAUAUUCGCGGUCUGAGUCUGCAUAUGCCUGCGAAAGAUGGGUCGGAUAGCAACUCUGGUGCGGGUAUCCCACGCAUACCUCUGUCGCCGAAGCUGGAUUCGUCACAGAUAUAUGGUUCUCCAUCUUCCAUGCUCCCAAGAAGAUCCCGUGGCCUGGAUUACACCCGAGCGUGCACCAGUCUGCAUCAGACCACUUUGGCAGAGGCAUCACCAGAUGCUUCACCCAAUAUUGGCAGAGGCAUACAGAUACCUGCAAGACGAAGCUUAGCAAACAAUGUGCUUGACUCACCAAGCAACCAAAACGGUCCGUGGUCUUUGUCACACGAACGGACAAACUUGUCAAGCUCUGUCAGCAGUAUUAAUAUGCUUGGAUCUGAUUCAGAGACGGACGCCGAUACAGAUUCGGAUGACAUGGCCAUUGAUCGGGAACUCGACGAUGCUAUCCUCAACACACCCGCCGCAUCAAGACUCAAUGCAGGGGCGACGAUCGGACUGAUGAACAGUCCGGGGCUGGAGUGGAUGAACAACACCCAACCUUCGCCCGCACAAGCAAGUCUAAUGAGUUUCCAGCCACAUUUGAUGAGCUUUAGGAGGGCUCGGAUACGAAAAGGCAAGAGUCAACAUAGUUCAAGCAGUGUCAGCAUGAACAGCUCCAAGCCAUCCCCAGGGCCAUUGUCACCAGGCGUAUUGAAGAGCGUUGAGAGCGCGGGUGGCAGUUAUUUUGGUAUGGGGUUAACCAAACAACAAGUCCAGUCUCGGCGGGAAAGCCUGAGUUUGGGUACAAACGAUCUCCACUUGUCGGACAGUGAAGACAACAACACCAGCAAAACUGGCAAUCGCGCGUCGCUAUCAGACAUGGACGGUUUUGAAGGCCCACGAGGGGUCAUCAGACGUGCCGUUACUCGGAGAAGUAAUCUGCUUCCAAAGCCAAAGGGUUUUGCACGAAUCCGUGCCCAGCUUUUGGAGGAGGCAGAACCUACCAAAACCGAACUUCGACGCGAGGCGGAAGUCAUUCGACAAGUCCAAGAGAAUGAUCCGACAGUGUCGCAAAAUACCUCCCCGAUUAUCCCGUCGAACAAUAACUUCACAGCCGAGCCGGUGCAGGACUCUAUUGAAGACAUAGCAAUGGAUGCAACAGUUUCGCUUCCGCCUGAUAGCUUCAGUCGUCAAGCAGAGAGGAAUUCGGGGGGAGUGCAAUUCUGGAACGGGUUUGAUGGUCAUGGGCGGUUCAGGACUCCCCCACCAGGCUUGCUACCUCGCGAGAGCUCAUCGGCCGUUAGCGACGAGGCUAUGGACACUCCAGGCUCUUUACUCAUCGACAACCCGGCUCUCAAGCACUUCAACCGUUCGAGAUCCAGGUCGGUUACCCCGCUUGCAAAUUAUCCACCAACUGCUGGAGAGGUCGCGCGCCGCGUUAACAACAAGCGACGUCGGGAAGAAGACUUCGAUCCCUCGUACAGUAAGCGCCGCGCGGUGUCUCCUGGUAUGAGCGUCCAGAGCAGCCCUGUGCUUCCACAGAGUCCCAUCUUCACCAACGACAAGGCAUGGUCGAAACUGCCACCAAAAGCGAAUGGUCAGGGUCCGGGUGAUCGCAGCAACAGUGCAGGCAGUAUGAAUGGCAUGAAUGGCUCGAAGAAGGUCGGGUUGCAAGGCAUGACCGAGACCAACGAAGGCAUGAUGAGUAUGAGUAUUGAUUGAUCUUCUGGAGAUGAUGGUCUGAACAACAACAGUAGCGAGGCGUUCGGGGGAAGGUCUAUGGACACUUUCUAUAUUCUGCCUGCUUUUCGGGAGUCACUUCCUCCACGAUAUGGUAGCUUGUGUCAGGUGAUGAUUACAAUCGGAAAGUUACGAUGACUUGGUGUUGUGCUCAUUUCUACGCUGUACGUGAAAUGCCUCUGCU